UUCCUGUCCAUCCAGGUGACCGCCGCCCGSGUUCCCAGGCUGUGCCCUCGGGUGGGCGAGGAUUUGGGAACCUGUGGGGUGCACGUCGACCGGACGGGCUGGCGUCAAGUGUGCGUGCCUGUGUGAUCUAGUGUCCGGGCCGAGGCUCGAGCGCGACUGCCGAGCCCGCGGCGCUGGGCCCGAUUGUUGGCCGGGCAGCRGCGGCGGCGAAGGGGCAGCGGAACCCGGGCGGGCGGUGGCUUCCUUGGCAGCCAGGCCGGCGCUCGCGGGACGGUCCACCAUCAACAAUCUCUACACUUUUCCAAGAGCAGCAGAAAAUGAACAAAUUGCAGGGGCCAGUGUCAUUCAAAGAUGUGGCUGUGGACUUCACUCAAGAGGAGUGGCAGCAUCUGGAUCCUGAAGAGAAGAUGACAUACAGGGAUGUGAUGUUGGAGAACUACAGCAACCUUGUCUCUGUGGGGUAUGAUGUAACCAAACCAAAUGUGAUCAUUAAAUUGGAGCAGGGAGAAGAGCCAUGGACAAUAGAAGAUGACUUCCCCUCUCAAAGUCAUUCAGAAGUCUGGGAAAUUGAUGACAUAGUAGAGAGAAUCCAAGAAGAUGAAGACCAACAUUCAAGGCAAGCUGGUGAUGUGCACAGCCAAACCCUGAUGGACGACAGAGGAGAUGCAUUUGAUGAAACUUAUGUGGAUACACACUGUGUUCUUUCAGACAUAAAUGCUCACAGUUGUGUUUCCUGUGGGGAGAAUUUAGAAUCUAUUUCAGAAUUAAUUAGUAGUGAUGGAAGCUAUGCCAGAAAGAAAACUGAUGAGUGUAAUGAAUGUGGGAAAAGUUGUCAUGGAGAAAAAUCCUAUGAGUUCAGUCAAAAUGGGGACACCUGUUCUCAAAGUGAAGAAAGCAUUCUGCAGAAACCCUUUGAAUACGAGUGCAUGGAAGCCUUAGACAGGGAAGCUGUUUUCAUUGCUCACGAGAGAGCUUAUAUGGGGGAGAAGCCCUAUGAAUGGGAUGAUUCUGGACCAGAUUUCAUCCAGAUGUCAAAUUUUAAUKCCUAUCAGAGGUCACAGAUGGAAAUGAAGCCCUUUGAAUGCACAGAAUGUGGAAAGUCCUUCUGCAAAAAGUCAAAAUUUAUCAUUCAUCAGAGGGCUCAUACAGGAGAGAAGCCCUAUGAAUGUAAUGUAUGCGGGAAGUCCUUUAGUCAAAAGGGAACCCUCACUGUACAUAGGAGAUCACACUUAGAGGAGAAGCCCUAUAAGUGUACUGAAUGUGGGAAAACCUUCUGUCAGAAGUUGCAUCUCACACAGCAUCUGAGAACCCACUCAGGCGAGAAGCCCUAUGAAUGUAAUGAGUGUGGGAAAACCUUCUGUCAAAAGACACAUCUCACCCUACACCAGAGAAACCAUUCAGGGGAGAGGCCAUAUCCAUGUAACGAAUGUGGGAAGUCCUUUUCCCGUAAGUCAGCCCUCAGUGACCAUCAGAGAACGCACACAGGAGAAAAACUUUAUAAAUGUAAUGAGUGUGGGAAAUCCUACUACCGAAAGUCUACUCUUAUUACACAUCAGAGAACACACACAGGAGAGAAACCCUAUCAGUGUAGUGAAUGUGGGAAAUUCUUUUCUCGGGUAUCAUACCUCACCAUACAUUAUAGGAGUCAUUUAGAAGAGAAACCUUAUGAGUGCACUGAAUGUGGCAAAACUUUCAAUUUAAAUUCAGCCUUCAUUAGGCACCGGAAAGUACACACAGAAGAGAAACUUCACGAGUGUAGUGAAUGUGGAAAGUUCUCUCAGCUGCCAUGUCUCACUGAUCAUCAUACAACCCAUUUAGAAGAGAAACCCUAUGAAUGUAAUGAAUGUGGGAAAACCUUCCUUGAAAAUUCAGCCUUCAGUGAGCUCCAGUCACUUCCAAAAGGGGAGAAAACCUAUGAAUGUAAUAUAUGUGGGAAAUCAUUCUCUGAUUUGUCAUACUACACCAUACAUUACAGAGGUCAUGCAGAAGAGAAACCCUUUGGAUGCAAUGAAUGUGGGAAAACCUUCUCCCAUAACUCAUCCCUUUUUAGACAUCAAAGAGUACACACGGGCGAGAAGCCCUAUGAAUGUUACGAAUGUGGAAAAUUCUUCUCUCAGAAGUCAUACCUGACUAUUCAUCAUCGGAUUCAUUCGGGAGAGAAACCCUAUGAAUGUAGUAAAUGUGGGAAAGUCUUCUCUCGGAUGUCGAACCUCACUGUACACUACAGAAGCCAUUCAGGAGAGAAACCCUAUGAAUGUAAUGAGUGUGGGAAAGUCUUUUCUCAGAAGUCAUACCUCACUGUACAUUACAGAACUCAUUCAGGAGAGAAACCUUAUGAAUGUAAUGAAUGUGGGAAAAAAUUCCACCACAGAUCAGCCUUCAAUAGCCAUCAGAGAAUUCAUAAAAGAGGGAAUAUGAAUGUACUCGAUGUGGAAAACCUCUGAAGUAAAAUCUCAAUUUUUAGAAAAAUAAAUAUGGGAAAUCCAAUAUUGUUCAUCUGAGUGUUCAUGUUCCUGAAUGGGGAAAUGCACUGAGUUGCUAGAUCCAUUUUAAUCUGAAUUUUCAAAGAAGAAUCCCUAAAAGUACAACAAAAGCAAAUCCUUCAGCAAGACCAUACAGCUCAUGGGACACCAGAUAAUUUAUACAGAGGAGGAACUUUACAAAUAUUUAAUAUUUAUUUUGGAUUUAAAGCGUAUUUACAUAUCAGGGAAUCAUACUAAGGAGAAAUAUGUCAAUAUGAUGAAUGUGUAAAACAUUAUCUUGGAAGUUGUAAUGCCAAAAGCCAUAUUUCUAAUGUAGAAACAGGUGUUUAUAGGAAAGAUACCAGAAGCUCUCAGCUUUGAAUUCAUUGCAUAAAAUGAAGUUUAAAAAUCAUUAAGAGUUAAUUGAUCAUGAGGACAAUAGCAUUAAAUAAAUAUGUGGCAUUUAUUAUCAUGUUUUAAAAUGCAGUUUAAUGGUAGUUCUAUGCAAUUUUAUGCAAGUUUGGAUUUGCGUGAUUUUAUGAAAAGUCAGUAUUUCUUGAGUAUUAGAAUGGCAAAAUGUACUAUUAAGACAUAUUGUCAGUGAGAUAAUAUUUGAUAGUUACAAAAUAAAAAAGUAUGUAAUUUUCUAUUCUUUAGAUGAAUUUGCAAGUGGGAUUUUAGUGAAUGCUUGCCUCAUCAGUACAGGGGAGAGUGAUUUUUUGUAGUUUUCAACUGUACUUGAACAAAAAAAAAAAAGAAAAGAAAAGAAAAUUUAAAAACACUUGAUAAACUAUGCAUUCAUUAUUUGGAGUUGAAGUUUCAGUGAAAGAGAAACUGCACUGUUCGUAUAUACAAAGUAUCCCAACUCCCAUAUACCACUCUUGUUUUCUAAUCCACAGAUUUUGAGGUAUGUCAAGUGCCAGUAUUAUGUAAUUCAGAAAUUUUGUCCACAUUUUUAUCUCAUCAAAAUAUGGCAUCAUUUUGUGUUUUUACUCUUAUUCCCAGUAUUUCAGAACAAAUCUCUGAGUUUCUAGCAGUCAAUUUUUGGUUCAUUAACUUAGUGUUCUUUCCUCAUUCCUGCUAGAAGUGUUUGGCUACCCACUAUUUUUUUAUAUGGCAUAGAUAGUAAAUCCUGAUUAUUCUAAGCCAAUAGUGACAAUUCCACUCUAAUUGCCAGUAUAGUAGUAGGGGACAUGUUCCAAGAUCCUGAACAGAUGCCUGAGACAGUGAAUACUACCAAACCCUUAUAGGUACUUUGAUACUGCUAACAGUCUAUGUGAUUACCAUGAUGGCUGCAGGUAGCAUAUGCAGUGUGGUUCACUGGACAAAGCAAUGAUUCACUUCCCAGGCAUGAUCGAGCAAGUUGAUCACUGAGUGUUACACAGCUUAAAGCUUAGGAAUUAUUUCUAAAAUUUUUCAUUUAAUGUUUUUGAACUGUAAUUGAUCCCAAAAACCUCAGGUGUGGAGGGAUUUCUGUAACUUGUUUAUAGUGCUCACAUGACCCACACCUGAACAAACAAAAUGGAGAUGGAUUUGUUCUGGAAAAUGAAUUUAUUCCUAGCAGUGUCAUACUCCAAGAAUGCAAGGUAGCUAAAUAUUCAAAAGUGAGGAUCUACUAGUAGAUGACUAGUAGUUUGUUGCCUAGCAAGCAUAAGGACCUGGUUUCAAUACCCCAGCACCACCAAAAAAAUAAAGAAGAAGAAAUUUAAAAAAACUGAUCACAUGAAGUGGUCUGGUAUGUAGGAAAUUAAUGUGAUAAAAUUAAUAUCCACUAUGAUCUUGGCUAAAUACAAUUGAAUUUCCUUAAUUGGAUAAAGAGUAACUUAAACUACAACAAACAGCAUACUUAGUGAUAAAAUGAAAUUUUCUCCCAAGAUGAAAAUAUAGAUGAGGAUAUUCACUGUCACAAAUUUUUAUUCAACAUUAUGUAGGACGACCUAGCCAGGAAAGUAAGGCAAGUACAGCAAAGGCAUAAGGAUUGGAAGGGAAGUAAAACCUCUUCAGAUAAUGGGAUUUUGCACAUAGAAUAUUCUGAGAGAUAGAAUUAAUAAAUUGAGGGCUGGGGAAGUAGCUCAAUGGCAGAGUGCAUGCCUAGCAUGCAUGAGGUCCCGAGUUUGAUCCCCAGCUCUGGGGAAAAAAAAAAAAAAAAAAACAAGCAAGGUCCCUGAACCUGAGGUCAUAUUGCAAAAAUUCUCUUUCACUAUACCAGCAAAUAAAAUAAAAAAUUUAAAAGCAAUACCACUUAAAAAAUCCUCAAGUGCCUAAGGGAAAAUUUAACAUUUUCAAGAACUUUUAUCUAGGAAAAAAAUCAUAGCACAGUGAGAGGGAUAUAUUUUGUUUGCAGAUUUCAGGAUAAAGUUUUCCCUAAAUCAUAUUCAGUGCAAUCUUAAAAUCCUAGAAAGUUCUUUAAUGGAAAUUAGCAAGCUAAUUUGAAAGUUUGUAUGAACAGUCAAGAGGGCCAAUAGUAGUCAAGGCUGUCUUGGAAAACAGAACUGGAGAAUUUUUAUUCCCUUGUACCAAUGCCUGCUAUAAAGCCAUUGAAUUAUGAUAGUGUGAUACUGGCACAAAGAAAACACCAACUGAACAGAAUAUAGGGGUUCUAGAAAUAGACCCAUACAUACACAGUUGUGCAAAAAUGAUGGAGAAGUACAGUGGGGAAAAGGUUAUUCUUUCCAAUAUAUGGUUUUUUUCCCCAUCAAGUUGCAUAAUUUUAACAAAACGGAGAAAUCAGUUUUGGAUAGUUACAGAUCUAAAUGUGAAAUGUAUGUUUUAUUAAGAAGACCUCAGAAUCUUAAAGCCUUAGAUUAAGCAAAGUUUUCUUAAGAUCCAAAAGCAUUAAACUAUAAAAGUUUUGUUAAUUUGAAUAUACUAACUUUAAGAACUUGUUAUCAGACACCAUUACGAAGGUGAAUAGGAAACUAAAAUGUACAAGAUAUAUGUGUCUUCAUAUAUGUGACAAUUGAGUAGAAAAAGCAUGGGUACUUUUUUAAAAAUGAGGAAUCAGUAAAUAUUUUGGGCUUUGUCAUACCUGCCCAACUAUUUGUUAGUUGCUAUUUAGUAUGAAAGCAGCCAAAUAUACUUCAUAAUUAAACGUGCACAGCUGUUUCCCAGUAAAGCUUUAUUCACAAGCACAGGGGACAGGAUUUGCCCUGCAUCCUGUGGCUUUCUGGUGUUUUCUUUGGAAUAUAAAGGAACAAAGGGGAACAUGGGCAAAAGAUCUGGUUGUUCGCUUCUCAAAAAACAACAUCCAGAGAUGACCAGUAACCAUGAAAAGAUUUUAGCUUUGUUAGUAAUCAGGGAAAUGGAAAUUUUAAAUAAUAUUACUACUACCACCCUCUGAGAUGGUUAAAAUUGAAGGCAUGAGAAAGCACGAGGUUUAGUAAGCAYGUAAGCAACAGGAACUCUACUAGUGAAAUUGCUCUCUGAUAAAAACUGUUUUGGAAAGUUGGCACUUAUCAGCUAAACAUGGGUAUAAGCCCUUACCCAGGUCAGGCAGACGUGCACAUGUGUGUCCACCAAAGGACAUAUGCUUGAAUAUGCAUACUAUGAAACUGCAAGAAACCCCAGAAUUAUCUUAAGACGUAAUUAAGUUGAAUAAAGUGGUAUUUUUUCACAGCAAGAUACUGUAGGGCUUUGAGAAUGAUUGAACUUUUAAGUCCACAGAGCAAUGUUGCUGAAUUUCACAAUUCUGAAUAAAGAGUCCAGACAUGCAAGUAGACUACAUGAUGCUACAUAAAGUAUGAGGACAGGCAAAAUUUGUCUAUGCAGUUAGAAAUCCAUAGCCUCAGCCAGUGUUUAAUAGGGGUGUUUAUCUGGUGCUGAUAAUUGUUUCUAAAUCUGGGUGCUGAAUGUCUGUUCUGAGCUAUUUACUUAAGAUGUGUAUUUUUCUGCAUGUAUAUUACACUUUGAUAAAAAGUUUUUUUGUAAACCAAAUGGCUAGUUCACUCUUUCAAGAUAUUUUUCUAAAUGUAUGUGAAUAUGCUACAUAACAGGAAUUAAAUGGUAGAUUUUGCAUAAUUCUGUGUAGGAAAUACUCUAUAGUAGUUUUAAAGGUGUCUACUAAGAUUUCCUACACGGUGUCCUUAAAGCUUACCUUGAUGUAUAUUUUAAGGAAAAGGUUAAAGGGUCAUUACAUAUUUUGUCAUUCCACACUUUUGCAUAUAUAAUAUGAGUCUG